GAGGAGGAAGAUGAGGAGGAGGAAGGCGGAAUCACCUUUAACGUGCGCUGCUCAUCUACACCCGAGGAGAAAAAGGACAGAAAGCAUGCGGUAUCAUCUGUCCCAGUGCCGCCUCUCUCCACUGGGAGUCCAGCUGCUUCCUCCUCCAUCAGGUUAGACUUCUGCCCUACACCCCUUCAUGCCACAGAGAAACCCGGCCAAUCGCCUCAGCCCAUUCCAGGAGCCUCUGGAGCAGGACUCCAAUCACAAAGCCAAACCUUGACAUCGACAGCAGUAUCUUCCUCUGUCCAAAACCCAGGGAAGUGUCAGAGCUCCACCUUUUCCACCUACACCUUCACUACCUGCCGCAUUCUGCACCCGUGUGACAUCACACAGGUCACCCCAAGUUCUCAGUCAUCCCACAUGGCGAACACGCCUAGCUCCAUGAGGACGGGUCCCAGCACCCCUGUGACUCCCUGCAGACUCAGUCUGGGUGACUCUUUCCCCCCUCGACGUCUGCCUGCACCCCCCAGUGGCCUGACCAAGCUGGUCCUAGAGAGGGGUAUUUCUGCACAAGUCUCCAACCCUCCUCCAACCCCGAGACCCGCCCCCUGGCAGCCCCUCUUCCAGCUUCUGCCAAGCACGCCCCCCAACUCCCCCUCCCACUCUCCUGCCCCUUCCCCAGUGCCUACAGAGCCCCGCCAACACCCAGCUGACAAUUUCCUGGCCUCGCGGCCCGCAGAGCUUUUUCUCCAAGACGUUUAUGGGUUAAACCUGGGCCGCGCUCCGCAUCCUGACCUACCAAGCCCAUCCCAAGAAACCCCAGCCCUCAUGUCAUCCGCCAAAUCAGGCAGAUCCAGGCCCGACCCGGCCAGUGUUGGUUUGGUGGAGAAGCUCCGGCAGCUGGGAUUCACUAAGGUGUUGCAUGGUUCUGAGUCUGAUGCUUCAAUGCCACGCCAGGAUUCUGCCACAUUUGUGUCAGCAGGUGGAGGGAGCCUUUUAGAUGGCCUGAGGCGCAACCAGAGCCUCCCGGCUAUGAUUGGUGCCCGAGCUGGAAAGUCAGCCGGUCACUCAGCUCCUCCUCCUCACCCCAGGACCCUGGCUAUCCCCCCACCUCCAUGGGGGAACCUAAAAGAAAGACGGCGGCAUCUUGCCUCUAUCUCCUACCCAAGUUCAGCCAAACGUUGAACUUAAGAGAACAUCAGUCCCCUCUUUUAUUCCUCCACCACAUCUCUCCUCCUUUCUGCCUUUGGAGAGAGAAGUCAGGGCAGCGGUGGGCAGAACAAUCCGUCCUUUUUUGGAACUUAAUUUUAAAGCACAAUUUAAUGAUACUGACUGUUUUUAGCCACCCUGCAUUUUCUGUGUAUGUGGAUGUCUGCCAUGCUGAUAGUUAAAAAGGCCUUAGCUUGCCUCUGAGUGGGUCAUCCUCUUCUCAGUCUUAUAUUAAAUAGACUCAGUAGUUCUCCAGUAAGGCUCUAGAUGUUAGGCACGGGUAGAGGAGGGCAAGAAAGGAAAUUGUAAGUGUACGAAGGUUUGUGGAAGUUGAUUAGAGAAAAGUAAAGGAAGAAGUGAAAGAAGGGCGAAAAGGGUGUCAGUAUGUUUAUGUCAGAAGACGGGGUUUCCGCCAUAUCAGUUAACAUAGGGGGUUCAAGUAGCCCAGGCUGGAAAGCAGGCAUUUUUCUCUCACAAUUGUCACUAAAAAAUGUUCAGAAAAUCUAUAUUGUUGUAAUAAAGGUAUAACUGUACAAACUUGGUAAUUGAUAAGUUUUGGUUAACGACCCAUUAGCAUACACUAGAUGAAUGCUAUGGGCAAAAUUAGCUUUACUGUAAAAAAACAAAACAAAAAGUCAUAAAUUUGUUCAGUUCGAUUCAGUUUGUACAUAUUAACAAUAUUGUGUGCAAAAGUUUAAACAUACAUGUGUAGGGCUGCCACGAUUAGUCGACUAGUCACGAUUAUGUCGACUAU